AUGGCCAACGGGUCUGCGGGCCUGGGCAAGAGGAAGGCGGAAGUGACGCUUGAGGAGGAGGGUGAUAUACUCGAGAUAAUGCCUAUUGGGGCUGGCAGCGAGGUCGGCCGCUCUUGCAUUCUCCUCAAAUUCAAGGGCAAACACAUCAUGCUCGAUUGCGGCAUCCAUCCUGCCUACACGGGCUUGGCAGCGCUGCCCUACUUCGACAUGAUCGAUGACCCUGCCACCAUCGACCUGCUUCUCGUCUCCCACUUCCACCUUGACCACUGCGCGUCGCUGCCCUACUUCAUGGAGAAGUCCACGUUCAAGGGACGUGUGUACAUGACCCACCCCACGAAGGCCAUCUACAAGAUGCUGCUCACCGAUUUCGUCAAAGUGAGGCACGUCAUCACGCUCAGAUCUUGA